AAAUGUGAUCUGUGGUCUAUGAGUGAGAAGCUCUUAAUGAUUAAAGUAUCAAAUUCAUAAUAAAAAUAUAGAAUACAAUUUUUUUAUAUUCUUAAAUUUUAAUUUAAUACUUGAUCGAUUAUUUAAAAGAUUAUUGAAUAUUUACAUUAAUAAUCACCAUGUUUAGGACCGUCCAUACAGCCUAUACUGGACUUAAUAAGMUUCAGCAUUUUAACUGUAACGUACAAAAUUUAUUAACUAUUGGUUGUGUGGGUCAAACUCGAUACAGAAGUAACAAACAUUAUAAACCGGAGUUCAAAAAGUUGAGAAGCCAAAAAGUUAUAAAAAUAGAAUUACCAGAUUAUGAAAAAGAUCAAGUUGAUUCUGAGGAUUACAGCCCAGAAAAGUUACGUACCAGGUACAAAGAAAAAGGUAUACAGCCUACAAGAUCGUGGAUUGAACGUACCACAUUUAUUAACAAUACUGGUUCUAUCAUUGAACCUUAUAUUCCACCAGAAGGAGAUGGAAAAAUUUCACCAAUCAGUACAGCAGGAGCUAAACAAAAACUUGAAUUAUUGAAAAAGAAAAAAGAUACUUGGCAAGCCAUCCGUAAAAUAAGACAGAACGAGGAAGAAUUUGAAUUAUAUCCUGAAUUUAUAACCAAAGCACAAGAUAUUUAUCUGAAAGCCCACACAACUAUGGCCAACAAAGAUAAACAAAAUCUUCUUCAAUAUGUUACAGAAAAAGCUUAUGUGGAAAUGCUGCACAAUAUAGACAAUAAGACAUUACGUUGGUCAUUCAUAAAAUCCAUUGAGCCACCUCGUGUAGUUCAUGCAAGAGUAACAGAUAUUAUAACUCAAGACAAUUUAUUUGCACAAUUAACUGUACGCUUUCACACUAAACAGACAUUAUCAGUUUUUGACCGUUUUGGGCGCUUAAUUUUUGGUAGUGAUGUGGUUGCCAAGGAUGUCUUAGAAUAUGUAGUAUUUGAAAAACACAUUGUUAAUCAAUAUGGAAUGUGGCGUAUACAUGGAAAAAUUAUUCCCGAUUGGAUGCCUCCGAAAGAACCAGCUACAGUAACAAAUAUAUUAAAUGUUGAAGCUGAGACAGAAACUGCCUUAGAAGCUCAGCCAGACGAAGCAAAAUCUAAAAUUGUACUUCCAGAUGCAUAGCUAAUGUAAUGUAAUGCUAAUGUAGCAUCAAAUGUAAAAAUAAAUCAUGAAUAAAGAUAWAGAUACUUAUUA